UUACCCCCUGUGAACCCGUUACACCCACUACACCCGUUACACCCUGUUACCCCCUUACCCUUCGUUACCCCAUUACACCCAUUACCUCCUGUUACACCCCGUUACCCCUCGUUACCCCGUUACACCCGUUACACCCUUUACUCUGUUACACCCUGUUACCCCCGUUACACCCCGUUACCCGGCGUUACCCCGUUACACCCGUUACCCCCUUUACUCUGUUACACCCUGUGA